AUGCAAGAAGACUUCCUUAAGGCAGCAUUACAAGACAUGUUUGAUGCAAUCACAAUGCAAGAUUGUCUUGAUGGUGGUAUUUCCAUCCUUAUGCAUUGUGCUGGUUCUGAAGCCUCAGAAACACUAUCUCUGGAGCACUUUAUUGUUGAUCUGUACAUUACAUCAUGGGAAUAUUGUGAAACACCAGAGCACAUUGGGGAAGAUUCAUCAGCUUUAGUGCAGGCUUUCAACCCGGCAAGUCAGGUGAAUCUUUCUGGACCCUUGGUGGCCACUGGCACACAGAUUCAGUAUUCAGUGCUUCCCACCAAGCAGUUUGAACACAAUUUUGAAGUUAGCAAUAAGUCGCUCUUAGCUGCUAUUCAGAUAGGUCAAGCCCUAUCAAAAGCAUCGCCUAGGAAGAACAAGUCUGAUAUUUGGCAGCAUCACAAUGCUGACACAUUUCUCCUGAAUUCCACUGAACCUAGUACUAUGACCAUCUUAGAGCCUCUUGGUACAAAAAACACAAUCAAAUUCACUGGUACAGUGGCAUCUUUUUAA